AUGAACUCAACCAGCGAAUCAUAUGAAGACUCAAAGAAGCACUCCUACUCUAUGAGCGACUACAAUCAGCUCUCCUCGAAUGGCAAUCACACGACCGAGGACGCUGAAAGUGAUUUCUCCAACGUCGAGCCACCUCCCAAGAUCAAUGUCAUGUCUCUACUGGCCAAGCAGUUUUGGCGCUACUUCAUCUUUCCCUCUUCGGCUCGAUUCAUCACCGACAACCUGCAGCUAGUGAACCCUAUUGUGAUGAAAUAUAUGAUUGCUUUUACCUCCGAUCAGGAAGCGCCAUUCUGGCAGGGCAUCUUCUACACGAUGAUAUUUGUGGUGGUCAACGUCUUCAGCAGCAUCACUUCUGCCUACCAGCAACACCGCAUGAGCAUUCUGGGAAUGAGAAUUCGAACCUGCCUUUUGGGCUCCAUUUACCGAAAGUCGCUCGUUUUGGCGAUGCACGCCCGAAAGGACUACACCACCGGUGAAGUGGUCAAUCUGAUGGCUGUCGACUCGCAAAGGUUCAUCGAUUUGCUCCCCUGGUUUUGCUACAUUUGGACGGCACCAGUUCAGAUUGGCAUUGCACUGUGGCUGCUUUGGGGAGAGCUGGGCAUCUCCGUUCUGGGCGGUCUUCUUCUGAUGAUUCUCUUUAUUCCCAUCAACGGCUACAUUGCCGGCUUGGUCAAGAAGAUUCAGACGAAGCAGAUGGCACUGAAGGACAAGCGACUGAAGGCAAUCAACGAAAUGCUGAACGGAAUGAAAGUUUUGAAGUUGUACGCUUGGGAGGAAGCAUUUAUCAAAAACAUUCAAGCCAUUCGAGUUCAGGAGCUCAAGUACAUUCGCCUGUCGGGUUACAUUUCCACCGUGUUCAACUUGAUUUCCGCCUGCUCGCCGUUCAUGGUUUCCUGUCUCACUUUUACCAUCUUCCUCUUUAUUGACCCGGAGAAGAACAAACUGACGCCUGAGAAGGCCUUUGUUUCCAUUGCCCUCUUUAACUUGUUGAGAAUUCCACUGGCUGUGCUACCAAACAUGGCGACCAACUUGAUCAUGACUCUGGUUUCAGUAAAACGUCUAAACAAGUUCCUCAACUCUGAUGAAAUUACGCCCUACAUUCACCGAAAGGUGGACAAGGUGAACGCCAUUACUGUGUCCAACGCUUCCUUCAACUGGGACCAGGUUGAGAACCACGAAGACUCAGCAACAAAACAAGAGAAGGCUCCUCAAGUCACAACCAAUGGCGAGUCAAAGGCGCCCUUUGUUGCUCAGAUCACCCUGUCUCGACUGAAUCUAAAUGUGGCCAAGAACUCGCUGGUGGCCGUGGUCGGCUCAGUUGGCAGUGGCAAAUCGUCGCUGCUGUACUCGAUUUUGGGCGAAAUGAAUCGCAUUUCAGGGCGGGUCAACAUUAGCGGCGACCUGCGACUGGCGUACGUCUCCCAGCAGGCGUGGAUUCAAAAUGAAACCGUCCGAGGGAACAUCCUCUUUGGGCUGCCCUUUGAGGAGGACAAGUACAAUCGGGUGAUUGAAGCCUGUGCUCUGAAGGCCGACUUGGAGAUGCUCACGUCGGGCGACAGCACCGAGAUUGGCGAGAAGGGCAUCAAUCUGAGUGGCGGGCAGAAGCAGCGCGUUUCAAUUGCCCGAGCCUGCUACUCGGACGCUGAUUUGUACCUGUUUGACGACCCGCUGUCUGCCGUGGACAGCCACGUUGGCAAGCACAUCUUUGACGAGGUGCUCAGCUCGCAGACGGGAAUUCUUAAGGGGAAAACACGCGUACUUGUCACCAACGCACUUUACAUGCUGCCGAAUGUAGAUCAGAUUGUGCUCCUGAAGAACGGAACAAUUGAUGAUGUCGGAACGUACGAUGGCCUGCUCAAGAAUAAUCCAGUCUUUCACGAGCUCAUUUCAAGCUACACCAACUCUAACUUGGAAGAGGAGGAGGUGGUGGAGAAAGGUGGAGAGAAGGUGACUGCAUCGAAUUUGGGCGAUGAGGCGGAUGACCACUUUGACAUUGACGAGCUUCGAGAUGCUCACGCCGAGUUGGUUCGCUCCAUGAGCAUAGGCAGCUCCGCCUCGGCGGCCAAGGAGCGAUCAAAGUCGACGCUUUCCAUUGUCAGUCAAAAGCAGCCCAGUCCUUCUAAAUCGGAAAAGGAGAGCAAGGCCAAGCUGGUGGAGGCGGAGCACGUGGAGACCGGACAGGUGACCUUUGCAGUGUACCUCAAGUUCUUCAAGUCACUGUCUCUCUUCUGGACGGUGAUGAUUCUGGUCAACUACCUGCUCAUCAUCACCGCCAGCACUGGUUCCAACUUUUGGCUGAGCAAUUGGACCGACUCGAAGGACGCUAAUGAGCGGUCGCACUUCUACCUGGCCAUCUACUUUGUCAUCGGCAUGACGCAGGCUUUCUUCGUGUGCGUCGGCUGGAUCUCCAUUGUGCGCGGCACCAUUCUCGCCUCCACCACGCUGCACUGGCGACUCCUGAGCAGCAUCGUCCACGCGCCGAUGUACUUCUUCGACACGACGCCGUUAGGGCGCAUCGUCAACCGCUUCAGCAAAGAUAUCGACGUUCUGGACUCCUACAUACAGUUCCUCCUUCGCGUGCUGCUGAACACCACCUUCCAGGUGGCGGCCANCCUCCACCACGCUGCACUGGCGACUCCUGAGCAGCAUCGUCCACGCGCCGAUGUACUUCUUCGACACGACGCCGUUGGGGCGCAUCGUCAAUCGCUUCAGCAAG